ACUAGGGGGCGCUGUGGCGGCGGCACACAUCGGCACUGGCAGUGAAGGAAGAUGGCGGAGUCUGAAGAACCAAAAGCGGGUCCUUGCACUUUUCUGUUCAAAAAAUCUACAAAGAAAUUCCACGGACGAAAGAGAAAAGCGAGCGACAGCGACAAAGAUGGAAACAGUGAUGAGGACCAGUGCUCUGUUGUCAGAAGGGGAAAGAGAGACACUCGAGAUAACCCCAUGAUUCAAAAGACAAAGAAGGUGGAGAGAGAUGAAGCAUCGUCCAGUGAAAAUGAAGGAGAAAAAGAGCAGAAGAAGGUCACUGUUGCUUACAAGUCCACACGAUCGGCAAAAGCAGAGGGACCCGAGGACAUGGGUGCAACGGCUACAUACGAGCUGGACACCGAGAGAGACAACGACGCUCAGGCGAUCUUUGAGAGGAGUCAGAAAAUCCAAGAGGAGCUGACGGGCAAAGAAGACGAUAAGAUCUACCGCGGAAUUAACAAUUACCAGAAAUUCAUCAAGCCUAAAGAUACCACCAUGGGCAAUGCCUCCUCUGGCAUGGUCAGAAAGGGACCAAUCCGAGCCCCUGAACACCUGAGAGCCACAGUCAGGUGGGACUACCAGCCGGACAUCUGCAAAGACUACAAGGAGACUGGGUUCUGUGGUUUUGGAGACAGCUGCAAGUUCCUCCACGACAGGUCGGACUACAAACAUGGCUGGCAGAUUGAGCGGGAACUGGAAGAGGGCAGAUAUGGAGCCAAUGAUGAGGAGAACUACGAGGUGAGCAGUGACGAUGAAGAUUUGCCCUUCAAGUGCUUCAUCUGCAGGGAUUCCUUCAAGAACCCCAUCAUCACGAAGUGUAAGCACUACUUCUGCGAAACCUGUGCUCUUCAGCAUUACCGCAAGUCCAAGCGGUGCUAUGUGUGCAACACUCAAACCAACGGUGUUUUCAACCCUGCUAAAGAUUUGAUGGUGAAGAUGGAGAAACGCAAUGCUGCCGCCGCAGACCAGCCGCCAUCAGAUGAGGAGGAUCAGUAACAUCUGAGCAUGUUAUGCGUUUGUCUGUGUACAUUUGGAAUAAAAUUACCCUUUUUCUUUUUAGACAGUUAA